CCUACACCCAACCCAUACUUCAAUUCAAUUCUUCACUCCCUUUUUUCCCAAACUAAGAUAAACAACACCCCUCAGUACUCUCUCUCUUUUCCCCCUCUUCCACUCCUUUUUAUUGCAAAACAAUCCAAGAUCUUCUAAACCAUACAAGACAGCCCUUUGGCAUAAAAGGUUUCUGCAACCAUUUAUGGAGCAGCUGAGCUGAUAUCUGGAUUCUUCUUUAUUCAAAUUGCUGCCCUACAUAGUAUGAGGUUUUAGAGUUUUUUUUCAUGUUUGAAGUUGUAAACUAGGGAAAUGGAGAAAGUUUGUGAAUUCUGCACAGCUUUUAGGCCACUUGUUUACUGCAAGGCUGAUGCCGCAUAUCUUUGUCUAUCCUGUGAUGCAAAGGUGCAUUUGGCAAAUGCAUUGUCUGGCCGACACCUCCGUACCCUUGUGUGUAACUCAUGCGGAUACCAUCUUGCUUAUGUUCUGUGUUUGGACCACAAAAUGUUAAUCUGUCGAGAUUGUGAUCAAAAGUUGCACAAUGUUUCUUUACCACAUCACAAAAGAGCUAUCAGAAGCUUCAUGGGUUGCCCUUCUGCCAAAAACUUUGCAGCACUCUGGGGUUUUGAAUUGAAUAAGAUUGAAAACAGUGAUAGUCAGGAUCAGUUUGCUUCCGUUUCUUGUGUUUCUGCAGAUUUGAAUGGGGUACAAGUCUCAGGAAAGCUUAGCACUGGCAGUCAAACUGGGGUCUCGUCAACGCUAUCUGGGGCCAAACUUGAUGGGGGUUCGAGCAGUCAACAAGGUCAGAUAUUGUACAGUGAUCAAGAGCGACAAACUAUUCUGCAGCAGAUUAUUGAUUUGAAACGGCUUCAGCUAAAUGAGGAGAUUGGCCAUUCUGCAAAGAUAAAUAGGUUACAAGAAAAAGAUUUAUCUCCUUCAAAAUAUCAUACUCUUAAGAAAUUGAACAAAAAAUUCAAUCAGCAAGCACCAAAUUCCCAGGAUCUUGCUACUGAUCUUUUGGAGAAAGACUGUCCCAUUAUGGAGUUGAAUCCUGAAACUUUGCCUUCUACGUUUUCUCAAAUUGAUAAUUUAUCUUCAUCUUCAAUUAUAGACCUUCCCUUGCAUGGAGAGUUGUUCUGGACAUGCAGAAGUCCACUUCGGAGUAAUCAGUUGUGGUCCCAAAACAUUCAAGACCUUGGGAUAUGUGAAGAUUUUGUUUGUCAAGAUGAUUUUAACAUACCUGAUGUUGACUUAACUUUCCAAAACUUUGAGGAAUUAUUUGGAGGAGAUCAAGAUCCAGUCAGAUUAUUGCUUGAUGAUAAAGAUGUCUCCUACUCUUUUUUGGAGAAAGAUAUGUCAGUUGACAAGUCAGAUAUUGACAACCCAAAUGCAAUGGAGGUCUGA